UCCAAUUGAACGUGCACCUCUGACAAGCAAAUUUGUUUUGAUUUUUGGGGCUUGUGGAAGAUUAAAGGUUUUGGUGUACUUCCGGACUUUGAAAUGGUCACUUCCUGUCGGGUUUGUCAACGGGACGACGAAGCGCGGACCAUUGACGUCGCUACCCUGUCGGAUGAGAGCGGAUUGUCGAUUUCGUUGAUGUUGAGUUACUGCGCCCAAGUUGAGGUCUCCAACGGAGAGCAAAUAUGUUCCGAGUGUCUAAUGAACCUGGAAACGGCAUUCAACUUCCGGAAACAGUGUCGUCAAACUAGCGCCCCGGCUACCCCUCAAGUUGAAACCACGGACCAAAAGCCGUUCCAAUGUUGCGUGCCUUGCUGUAUCGUGACGGCAACCAGUAUGCGCGAUUUGGUAUUACACUCGACGAAAUUGCACCGCGUCGAACGUGCAGCCAACACUGCGCAACAAAAAACCGAACUGGUCAGCACAAGUUGUCCUAUCUGUUGCGUCGGAUUUGCGUCGGUUGCUGCUAUGAAAAACCACUCCGAAACGCUGAACAUUCAGUGGACAAAGCUGAAGUGUGACAAAUGUAAGAUGGUUUGUGAAAACACAGUAAAAUAUGCCGAACAUCGAGUCGAACGGUGCACAGGAGUGCCGGUUGAGGCAGUCGAAGAGGAUCACGUAAUGGAGUGCGAUAAUGAGAACACCUGUGACUUGGAUGGUAAAAUAGAACGUGCCAUGGAAGUAGUCAAAACUGGAAAACGAUUUAUGAUCAAAUUGACUGAAUCAGAGGUUCAUAUUCUGACUGAAACAAGUUAUCCACUACUGGGACAACUUGAAGAGUUGUUGGCGUCUUAUGACGAGGCAUCUAAAAUUUUCUACGUUUGCGGAACUUGCGCUUUUCAAAGCUUGUUGAAGAACUACAUUCUCCAACAUAUUGCUACAUCACAUGAUUGUCAUGGCUUUUACCACGCUUUAAAAUCGUUCGAUCCAACGCAAGAGGAACCCUGGCUGAGCUGCGCAUCUUGUCACUUCGUGGCCACAAAUCCCAUAUCUAUAAUGCAACAUCAGAACAAAGACAAACACUCCGGUAUCAAAACGGUACCUCCUCAAUCAACCAAGCCAGAACCCGCUCCGGAAACGGAGCAAUACAUCGAGAUAGGUGAACUAGUCAAAGUUGAGGCACCGCAAAUCGCAGCAAAAGUUAAACCACACACGCCAAGCAGCCAUCCCUUCGCAAAACGUGUCGUUCCCAAAGCCCCCGGCAAAAUGAAGCCACAUCGCCCCAGGCCGGAAAAGAAGCACGAAACGCUGUUGUGCAGGUGUGGUGUGAUGUUCACUCAACAAACGCUUCUGUCACGCCACAUGGACUACUAUUGCCAUCGUAGGUUCGAGCCGAUAUCACCAGCGCAACAAAAGGUUAAGAACGUACUGCAGUGCGACGGUUGUCUGCGAAUACUGAGAUCGCCAUCGGACGUCACGCGUCACCAGCAGAACACCUGUCCGGCGUACCGGAAGCAGCGGUUGGGAGCGCGGUACAGUGCUAGUGCGGCCGAUAAGUGAGCUUUUUGGUGGAAUAAAGGGUUUUAAUUUUGUA